AGAAGCGUUGAUAUCAAUGCAGCCGCAGCAUUUCUGUGACACUUUCUUUAAAAUAACUUGAUACAGCAUUAAAAACAUAUUACUGGAUUAAACUGAAGCGCUGCACACAAUGUUGGCUACCGGAGCAGCUGUAACCACAGCGCUGGCACAAGUUGACAGAGAAAAGAUCUACCAGUGGAUCAACGAGCUCUCCAGUCCAGAAACCAGAGAGAAUGCCCUCCUGGAGCUCAGCAAGAAGCGGGAGUCUGUACCAGACCUGGCUCCCAUGCUGUGGCACUCUUGUGGUACUAUAGCAGCCCUGCUGCAGGAAAUCGUCAACAUCUACCCAUCAAUCAACCCCGCCACCCUGACAGCACACCAGUCCAACAGAGUAUGUAACGCCUUGGCGCUCCUGCAAUGUGUAGCCUCCCAUCCAGAAACAAGGUCAGCUUUCCUGGCAGCUCACAUCCCUCUCUUCCUGUACCCCUUCUUACACACUGUCAGCAAAACACGGCCUUUUGAAUACCUCCGUCUCACAAGCUUAGGGGUCAUAGGUGCUUUGGUGAAAACAGAUGAGCAGGAAGUGAUCAACUUCCUGUUGACCACAGAGAUCAUUCCCUUGUGCCUUCGUAUCAUGGAGUCUGGCAGCGAACUCUCCAAAACGGUUGCAACCUUUAUACUACAGAAAAUCCUCCUGGACGACACGGGGCUGGCUUACAUCUGUCAGACAUACGAGCGCUUCUCUCAUGUUGCUAUGAUUCUUGGUAAAAUGGUCCUCCAGCUUUCCAAAGAGCCUUCAGCCCGCCUACUGAAGCACGUAGUGCGCUGCUACUUACGCCUGUCUGACAACUCCAGAGCCAGAGAAGCUCUUCGCCAGUGCCUCCCUGACCAGCUCAAAGACACCACCUUCGCCCAGGUCCUGAAGGAUGACACCACCACCAAACGCUGGCUGGCCCAGCUGGUGAAGAACCUCCAGGAAGGUCAGGUCACAGACGCACGGGGCAUCCCUCUCCCCCCACAGUGACUCCACUCCAGCUCCUCACCGACCCUGAGGAACACCAGCAAGGAACUGCCCAAAAGAUGAUGACGAUGAGCUUUCAGCUUCAAUCAUGAACACACAGACAGACAUGCAGCGCUGUUUUUAUGAAAGACUUGAAAAGGGAUUAUUUUUUGUGUUCAGAAGCACAUCUUCUGCUAUUCCGUUGCCAUGGAUCCACGGUUUCAAAGACUUUCACGUUUGUUGCCUCGCCAUGUGUUGUCCAACUGAUUAACAGAUGAACAAUAAACUAUUGCACAACAUAGAACAGCUUCAGAAUCAUCAUUCUGUUAAUGUGACACUGCCAGAUAUUUUACUAUUACUAGAUAUACAGCAUUAUCCUUUAAACUGGUGGCUUGUGAGGCCUUCUGCAUCACAUGUAGAUGUGUGUUACUGACAAGAUAUCUUAAAUGGAGUAUUUCUGUAUUUAAUUAUAGUAAUGUUUUGCAGAAUAGAAGAUCUUUUCAGGUGAUGUCACUCUCUCCUGCAGGCAAGAGGUAAGUAAAAUCUAUUCAGAAACAAGCACCAGAA